CCUCCCCUCUUCCCCUCCGUCCUCUGUCCAUCCUCUGUCCAUCCUCUGUCUGUCCAGCUUCAAGCGGCUCCUCCGGGCAUGCUCCUUAAGCCAAAGUAUGGCCGCUUUCGCAACGAGUCUGUGACCUCCUCUGACGACCUGAUGCAGAGCCUAGCCAUGAGUGGCAAAGUCGUGGCCACGCCGGUGGUCUCUUCCUCCACCCCGAGCCUUCCUCUGCCUCCUCUGCCUCCUCUGGAUCCCGGCACCAGGUCUUCCUCCUCGGCGGGGGCUGCAGCCCUGGCAGAAUCCCCCUGCCUCGAUGGGGAUCAAGACGCCACCACGACCUUCUGCAUGCUCAUCCCAAAGAUGCCCCAGUGGAAGUUCUCCAACUCCCUCCUCAGCAGGAGCCCGUCCAACUCCAGCUCCAGCUCCAGCUCCAGCUCCAGCAAGGACUCGGGCAAAGCGUCGGCGGCACUGGCUCCUCCCCAGGCCUCCGCUUCUUCCUCUUCGCCGUCGACCAGGCCCAGUGGGGGGCUCGCCGCCAGCGGGCCCGUCGCCAGCCUCGCAGCCGUGCUGAACUCGUGUGACCCUGUCUGUGUCACCCCCUGUUCUCUGCAGGCCAUCCGAGGGCAACGGGCGGUGGCAUCUGCGRGCGCCGCCGGCCCGGGAGGUCACGGCGUCAGGGUGGCGGAGGUCACAGGGAGCCCUGGCACCAGAUCAGGGAUGAAUCGCAGGGUGAGGGUGGAAGGCAUGUGGCUGGGGGGUGAGGACCUCAACCAGAAGGGCAGCUUCAUCCACAAACCCACCCAGGGCUGGCUGCACCCUGACAAGAAAAUUGUAGGACAAGGAGCCUCUUACAUUGUCAGGUACAUGGGUUGCAUUGAGGUGCUGAAGUCAAUGCGCUCUCUGGACUUUAACACACGGACUCAGGUGACAAGGGAAGCCAUCAACAGACUGUGUGAAGCUGUGCCAGGAGGGAAGGGGGCGUGGAGGAAAAAGACUCCUAACAAAGCUCUACAGUCAGUCAUGGGGAAAAGUAACCUGCGGUUUGCAGGCAUGAGCAUCGCUGUAAACAUUUCUGUAGACGGGCUCGGUCUGCUCGUCCCAACCACUCGACAGAUGAUAGCACAUCAUCCUAUGCAGUCCAUCUCUUUUGCCUCUGGAGGAGACACAGACACACCUGAUUAUGUUGCAUAUGUGGCCAAAGACCCAGUGAAUCAGAGAGCAUGCCACAUCCUGGAGUGCUCUGACGGUUUAGCCCAGAGUGUCAUCAGUACCAUUGGGCAGGCCUUCGAAUUACAGUUCAAACAGUAUCUACACAGUCCUCCUAAAACCAUGGCUUCUGUAGAGAGGCCCGUCAGGAUGGAGGAGCCGAUGUGGGCGGAGGAUGAAGAUUUCUCUGAACAUGAUUACUACAACAGCAUCCCAGGGAAGGAGCCCCCUGUUGGGGGAGUUGUGGACUCCAGACUCAGGCCCAUUGGAGCCCUCCUGGGUCACAUUCACACCCAACCACAGAGCAAAAUGCCGCAUCAGAUGGGAUCACCAGCCAGGAGAGAGCAGGCRUCUUACCCACCUGGACAGCUGUGUUAUGAGCUUCACUGGGACACUGAGACCACCUGCAGCUCAGAUGGGUAUCUGUGUGCUGACGGUCAACCAUCGGGCACCAAGGACUACGAGGAGCACCAGUAUGUGAACACUCAGAGCCUGGAGAACCUGGAGUCUCUCACACACAGUGCAGAAGGACAUAAAGGGGUCAAGGCACACGACAGUCCAAAGAAAGACCUCUUCGACAUGAGGCCUUUUGAGGACGCCCUGAAGCUCCACGAGGCCUGCGGUGGAGCUGUUGGGUCCAGCACGACAGGAGGUUCUGGUUCUCAAGCUGCAGGGGCAGGUGCUCGAAACCCGGAGGACCAGUGGCCCAGUCCACCACGACGCAGGGCCCCCGUGGCCCCAAACGAGGAGCAGCUCCGCAGGGAGCCUUGGUACCACAGCUGCAUGAGCCGACGAGACGCAGAAAAGCUUCUGGUCCGAGACGGAGAUUUUCUCGUGCGGGAGAGCACCACCAACCCCGGGCAGUACGUGCUAACGGGCAUGCACUGUGGCCUGCCCAAACACUUACUGUUAGUGGACCCCGAGGGAGUGGUUCGGACAAAGGACAUGCUGUUUGAGAGUAUCGGCCAUCUUAUAUCAUACCACCUUAAGAACCAGUUGCCAAUCGUGGCAGCAGAAAGUGAGCUCCACCUUAAACAGAUUGUCAGGAGGAAACUGUGACCCAACAGGUUGAGAUG